AUGUACCUGCUUCGUCGUGCAGGACCACUGGCUGGGAUGGUCGGAGCGGCCUACUGCUACAACGAUGAUAUGCUACCACUCAAAAAAACGAUUCAUGCAUUUGUUGGCAAUGAAUCGCAUCCGCAAGCUUACGACUCGUUCGGCGAAAUGUUUCCACGCCAAAAGUGGAAUUACAACUGGGAUUUGCGUGACCCAAAGUCGCUUAUUGAAAACAAGGAGUUUGACAGCGCUUCAGAGGAAAAACGCAAAGAGAUGAUAGCCGAGAGAACUUCAACAGCCACUCGCAACAUUAUCCUCAUUCGUCAUGGCCAGUACAAGAUAGAGUCGCAAGAGGAUAAAGGUUUAACGGAAUUGGGCCGGGAGCAGGCUGCUCUUGUUGGUGAACGCCUCGCUCGCUCCGGCUUGAAGAUUACAAACCUCACGAUGUCAACAAUGGACCGAGCCACUGAAACGGCAAACAUCAUUCUUUCAAAGGGAGCCCCGUAUCCACCAGAGCCUCCAGUCUCGCAUUGGAAGCCAAACAAGCUGGAGUUUUUCCAAGAGGGAUCACGCAUUGAAGCCGCUUUCCGCAACUACUUUCAUCGCGCCUCGCCAAAACAAACCGAGGAUAGUUAUGAGGUUGUUGUUUGCCAUGCCAACGUGAUUCGCUACUUUGUUUGUCGUGCACUUCAAUUUCCACCAGAAGGAUGGCUCCGAAUGUCGCUUGGCAACGGCUCAAUCACUUGGCUCAUCAUUCGUCCAAAUGGAAGAGUUUCGAUUCGCAACUUGGGAGACAUCGGCCACCUUCCACCGGAAAAGAUCUCUUACAGC